CCGAAAUAUGUGAAGCAAAAAAUGAACAAUUAUUUUUUGAAGGUUUAGGAAAAUUAGAUGAAAUUAUACAAUUACCUGAUGGAUAUUUAAUGGCAGCAAGAGUUGGAAUAUUAUUAAGAGGUUUAGGUACUUGGUUACAAUUACCUCAUUCGACAGCACAAAAAUGGGCACCAGUUGCAAAAAAAUUAUUAGAUAAAUAUAAAGAUGUAGAUGAACAGUCAUUAAAUAGUUCUGUAUUAGUCGGUUAUUCUUAA